AUGAAUUUCAACAGUGAUAUGUUACAUUGGGUGCUGUGCAUCCUUACAACUUACCUAUCAGUGAUUUCAUACAGUCAAUCAGCCUAUGCAUUAAAGCGAAAAGCUCCACCAUCCCCACGUUUCAGGAAUUCCACUUCAACUAACGUCACCGUUUCUCCCGGUAAAACAACGAUUCUUCGCUGUGGCAUAGAUAAUCUCGGAUCUCGAACAGUCAUAUGGAGAAGGAGCUCAGAUGACCAUCCCCUUACUAUUGGCUUAUUCACAUUUGUUGGAGAUACAAGAAUAAAAGCUAAAGCCAACAAGCGAACAAAUGAAUGGAGUCUAAUAAUUGAAGAUACCAGAUUAUCAGAUGAUGAUAUUUACGAGUGCCAAGUCAGCACUACGCCAAAAAUAGGACGUAACGUCCGAUUAAAUGUUAGAGAGAAUUACAAGGAUGGGGCCCAAGGGACAGAGAACACGGGCGCCCGCCUCAACAAUGAGAAUGAACAUACAAGGAAACACAAAAAUCGUAAAAAGAAUAAACAUGGUACAAAGACCACCACAAAAGCUCCAAGAGUUCAGAGUAACAAUGUUAUCACUAUAGCGACCAGCAACGAAUAUGUUGUCAUAGGUGGGCCAGUAUUCAUAGAAUGCAAUGCUACGGGCCGCCACAAUUAUGCCACUGGGGCCCCUGAACCUCCCCCUGCCAUCACAUGGUACAAAGAUGGCGACCCCAUAGACUCUAAUGCCGAAACUGGUGUAUUAAUUACAAAGAAAAAUGAUAUGAAGACUAAUAAGUUAAUAAGUACGCUUUCUAUACGAAAAAGUAAAAAACAGGAUACGGGGACCUAUAUAUGUCGAUCAGACACAGAAAAGAAGGAUACCGAUUCUGUUACCAUAUAUGUCAUUAAUGAAGCCAACGAUAAUGUCAAACGCUCUGGUACCUCAGUACAACAUGUAAGAAGCGCCAGCCAAAAGACAGCCUCUGCAGCAAAAAAUGCCAAAUACAUUAGUCUAGUGAUUCUAUCUUUGACAAUGUCCAUGGUGUAUCGGACUCAUCUCCUAAAUUGGUGGUAACAAUAGUACAUAGGAUAAGUAAAGUGGAUAUUACUCAUAUUCAUAAAUACUACAUAUGGUAACCAUAGGAUAUGGAAAAUAUGUGCAUAGGAUAAGUAUUGCCGAUAUAUUCGGGAUAUCCAUAUAUGAUAUUGUAACCACAGGACAUGCUAUAAGUAGAAGAUGGCGAAUAUAUCCUUGCUAAAAUAGACAUAGUACUGGAUAGUGCAUAUGCAUGUAGACUUGAUUUGGAAAGCAUGCUUCAGACAUAUGACUGGUAAGAUAAUAUCUAUACUGAAAUAGACAUAUCCUAACUUAAAACAUUGUAAAUGCAGGAGAUAAAAGAUAGGGUUUUGCUAUUAGAUAAAAUCUAUAUCCAUGCUUCAGAAGCAUCUGUAACCAUAGGAUAAAGACUAUAUCAGAUGGGAUAUAAAAGUGAGCAGAGAUACUCAACCAUGGUUGUAUGAAUGAAAUACUGGUGAAGUGC